AUGAUGUUGCAUCAGCAGGAGCAGGAGGGUCGCACGUGCCCGCCGUGGCUCCAGGCGGCCAUCGCAGACAUCGAGCAGCGCGUGCGCGCGCUGGCGGCCGGCGUGCCGGACGACGACGCGGCGGCGGCGGCCGCGGACCACUCCUUCGCCGAGCGCGCCGAGAACUACUACCACCGCCGCCCGCAGCUGCUCGCGCUCCUCACCGACCUCCACCACCGCUACCUCUACCUCGCCGACCGCUACGCUCAGUCCCUCCUCGCCAACGCCAACGCCAAGUCGUCUGCCCACUUCCACUCCCACCACCUCAACCUCAGCUCCGACUGCUCCUCCGACGUUGAUGACCGCUCCUCGGACGCCGGCAGCUCCCUCUCCUUCCAGCCCCACGCCGGAGUCACCGAUGAUCAUUUCGCAACUCCGGUUGCUGCUCCGGCCGUUGACGGCGACCUGGUAGUGGCGGAGCUGGUGAUGGCGUGGGUGGACCGGGACCUGCUGGCGGACGAGGCGGACCGCCGGAGGGCCGAGUCGGCGCGCAAGAUCGACCUGCAGGGGAGCCUGCUGGAGGUGCUCGAGUCGGAGCGCCUGGUCCUUCUGGGCGAGAACGCGCGCCUGGCCUUCCGCGCCUCCGCCGCCGAGGAGGAGGCCGCGGCCGCCGCAGCCGAGCUCGGCUACACGCGCCGCCGCGCGGCCGACCUGGCCCGGCUGGCCGUGAAGCUGCGGGACGACCACCGGGCGUGCAUCCUCGGGCGGAAGGUGGAGGCGCUGCAGGCGCAGGUGUACGGGCUGGAGCUCCGCAACCGGGAGUGCUUCGAGGCCAUGGCCGCCUGGGAGGCCGAGCGCAAGGCCGGCGUCGCCGAGAUCGAACGCCUCCGCGCCGAGAACCGCCGCCUCGCCGCCGAGGCCGCGGCCGCGCAGGCGUCGGCGAGGAGGAAGCGUGGGGGCGGGAGCGGGUGGUGGUGGCUGGCGAGGGUGCGGCUGGCGGCGGAGUGGACGCCGUGCGCGCCGUCGUCGGUGACGGUGAGGAAGGUCGGCGAGCAGAUGAAGGGCGGCAAGUACAACGGCGGCUGCUUCUGCCUGUAG